CCAGUUUGAAAAUGUCUCUCGGGCAAAGGGCCACCUUGUCUUCCCCUAAUCUAUUAUUAUAAUUCAAAAUCUCUCGUUUUUUGUCAUUCACAUAUAUCCCAAUCCUCAUGCUUUAGAUUUCUGUUUUCCCCAUUCACUAAAUCAGUCGACUCGGUGAGUCUGUACGUUCUCUGUUGAGUAACACCCAACCCAGCAGCUGUUGUUCUCCAUGGGCUCUUGUUUCAGCAAGAAGAAAGGCUCCUCCUCUCCUGCAGUUGCUGCUGAUUAUGUGGCCACUUCUUCAGCACCAGCAGCGCUAGCGGUGGCUGAUCCCAAAUCAAAACCCUCCGUGCCAGGAAAACAAGAACAAAUUGAAGAAGAAAGCAAAGUCAAAAAGGAGAUAUUCAUCAUCAAGCACCGCAAGAGCCACGAUGAUAGAGACAGGCCACUUCCUCUUCAACAAAAUUUACCACAAAAAGCUGAUGCCUCUGCUCCAAUUACUACUGCCGCUACAACCAGCAGCAGCAGCACCACCACCACCACCACUGAGAAUUACAACCAAGUCUCCAUGGAUGACAAGAAGGCUGCAGAGGCAUCUACGGGCACGGGAGUCCUGGUGAGGACAUCCAGCUGCAAUAAAGAAGAAGUGGAUGCCAUACUUAUACAGUGUGGAAGGCUAAGCCGCAGCUCUUCUGGGAAGGCUGCUUCUUCUUCCUCAGCUUCUUGUGACCGCGGCAAAAAGUACUCUGGCUCAAAAAGGAGCUAUGACUUCGACAACUGUGAGAAUGAUUAUCAAGUCGCUGCAACUUGUGAGGAUGCCAAGAAUAAUGAUGAUUUUUCUGAUGAGAAAACCCACCACCACCGGCAACGCCACCGCCAAUCCUCAAGGCAUUCUCCUUCUUCACAAGGGAGGAGGAGGACCCCCAGCAGAGAAAGAAACCAGCAGCAGCGAUCCAGCAGCAGAGAGAGACGAACGAGUCGAUCCCCCGGAAGACGCUUAUCAUUGGAGCAAAACAACACCAACUGUAAUGCCAACACUACCAGUGCUGCAACUGCUAAUGUCAAUUCUGACACUAAUCGGCCCGGAAAGAUGAAGAUGGUUUCAGUUCCUGCCACCGUUUCGGUGGUGGACAAGAACAGCAAUGGGGAAUCAGCAACCACUGGUUCCAUCAAGCGGAUUUCAGUCAAGAGAAAUGCUGGCGAGGCAGUAAAUGUAGUGGUGGGUUCAAGGACUGCCGCAUCACCCCGUUCUCAGUCCCCUGCAAGAGGAGGAGCAAAUGCUAAAGCAUCCAAUGACAGCCUGCAGCAGCAGCCUUCACUUAGCCGCAGCUCUUCACGAAAAGCAGAGCAAUCUCCCUACAGAAGGAAUCCAUUGAGUGAGCUCGAUCCCAAUUCCCUGGCAUAUCCACAAGCGCAUAUCAACAACUCCAAUAACAAGAGUGCCAGCAAUGUUGUGAAUCAGCUGAAACCAAACGUGGAGAUUAACAGUAACAAAAUUGUUGCCCAAGGGAUUAACUACAGAAGCAGCACCGCAAGUAGUGCAAUGGACAACAAGGUUGUGGAGCCAGUAGGAGCCUCAGGACCCCACACAUUGACAAGAAGCAGGUCCUCUAGGCGAUCCAGAGACCUAGACAUCAAUCCUGAAACCCUUUCCAAUCCUCCUCCAUCCUAUACUAGGCUAUUGCUUGAAGACAUACAGAAUUUCCACCAGCAGAGCUCCAAUGCUGCUGUAGUAUCACUCCCGCAGUGUGUGACCAAGGCUUGCUCCAUCCUAGAAGCUGUCGCCGACCUCAACUCUACUACAAACUUCUCCGCAGACAGAAAGAGCCCCUCAAUAGAUCAAAUAAACAAAAGCUCAUGCUACUACAACAGUUCACUGGGCGCAAAUCUUGUUCAAGGGAAAGAUGUUCCUUUUGUGGAGUCCGAGGUACUUGUUGAUGAUGAUUUACUGGAGCCAAGCUUCCACAAGUAUGUGACCGUGAGAAGAGGAGGGGCAGAUAUGGAGGACCAAGAAUCAUCUGGUAGCAACAGCUUUGUGAGUGGUUCUCAACAACCCCAAUGGGGCUUCUCUUCUUCAUGGGAACCCAAUUCAGCUGACUCCACUGAUUGCUGGUCUUCAAGGUCCAACACCAGAGAGGAUGAUCAGAGUUUUGAUAUGGAUGAAGCAGCAAGGAGGAGACUGAGCCGGAGAAAGACAGAUCGACAUAACAUGCAGAGUGGUGGUGGGAUUGGACGCGGCAAGCUCGUAGCCGGUUCUAGGGGUCUUCACACAAUGCCAGUUGUUGCAGCUGCUGCAUCCACGUAAAUUCAUUGAUAGUUUGUUCACUUCAAUUUAAAGAACUCUCUCUCCAUUGUGUUUGUAGUUGCAUACUUGCAACUUUCUUCUUCCUUUUUUAAAUUUUAUCAGAAGCCAUGUCUUUCAAAACUGUUCGUUUUUCUCCUGUGAUUUUUUCGUUUGAUAAAUUAAUGUUGUAGUAAAAAUGGAAUUGCAGAGAGAAUUGUAUUGUAUUAUUGAUAAUAG